AGCCGAUGAAAAAGAAGACAUAGGAAAAUCCACGCGCCAUGGUUCUCCGGGUGCUGCCGGGAGCUGCUGCCCGUAGCCGUUGUCGGGGGCUUUCUACCUGGAGCUCCUGUUUAUAGCGGCCACGCGCAUUGAAGCUCUUCGCGCGGCACCCCAUCGUGCACCUCUGCUAGAACCGAUUUUAGCAUGCCUUGAGCCGUGUGCUUUUUCUCGCAAGACAAAAUCUCGAGCAUGGAGAACAGCAGUGAGCCAGAGUAUGAAAGCCCACCGGGCUCGGACCCGGGUAGUGAUUCGGAAGGCUACAACGCCAACAUCACAGCUGCUACAAUCGCUGGACCUGGCUACGCUGGCCCCAUCUCAGCCGAACCCAAUGACCAGCUGGUGCCCGUAGGAGCGGACCAGCGGAACCAGAACGAAGACAGCUCAGUUUCCGACCCUGGACCGCCGUCCGAGGUGGAUGCAUUGAAUGCCCGCAACUUCCUCGUGGAGGAGACCCUGCUGUCGGCGCUCACUUACCAGCCUCGACCCAGCGAUGUCUUCACCGUCAGCUACCCCAAGUGUGGCUCGGCGCUUCUGAACUUCUUGGUGUUCGGUAUCUUGAACCGCGGCCAACCGAGCAAUGACUUUGCGGAGUUCGUGUCCCGCUCUCCGUAUCUGGAGUGGAUGGGCAUCAAGUCGGUGCUGGAAAUGCGCAGGCCAGGCACCAUCAAGACUCACCUGCCUUUCGACAAACAGCCGUACAGCCCGCAGGCCAAGUACAUCUACAUGGCUAGAAAUCCUUUUGACUGCUGCGCCGCCUACUACAUGCACAUGAAGAACAUGCCCCUGGCCCGUCCCGAGGCAGCCAACUUCGACGCAUUCUUCGAUGCCUUUAUCGAGGGAAAGGUCAUUUACGGCGACUACUUCGACCACAUCCUCUCCUGGUACGAGCGAAGACACGACCAGAACGUGCUCUUCAUCACCUACGAGGAUGUCAAGAGUGACCCAGGGGCUUGGACCAUCCGCAUCGCCGAUUUCAUCGACCAGCUCUUCGCCAGGGAACUUCGUGACGAUCCCGCUCUUCUCUCGAAUGUGUUGAAAAUCGCCAGUGCCAACAGCAUGACCACGACGUGCAACCAGGGAAUGCGAUCAAUACUGGCUGAUGAACUAGCUAUGGCUGUCGGGAGAGAACCCAUAACCCCCGCAGAGUUCUACAAGAGCAUAUUUGCGGAGGCGCUGGAGAUUACCGAGGGCUCCGACUUUACGCGGAAGCCAAUCUGCGGCAGGUGGAAGGAGCUCUUCAAGCCGGAACAAGUGCAAAGAAUGAAGGAGUGGAUUGCCCAGAAGACGGCUGGAAGUGACGUGCUCAGCAUCUGGAGCAACAGCGAGCUGCCUUGAGUGAAUCUAGGCUAGCUUUAGCACGAAAAAAAUUACGUCGUCGGAAAUUUCAAAUCAUGGAAUCGUUUGAACUGAGGGCCGAAACCUUGACUGGGACGGGUGCACGUUGAAAAAAAGUGCUGGGGAGAACGCGAAUGAUUGAGAUGCCUUUCGUAUUUUGAAUAAACAUCUUGCUGCCGAAAUAACGGAAAAUGCGAAACCCCCGCAGUAAAGAGCGCGUAAUGCGGGACCUUGAGGUAGGAUAUAUUGAAACAUGUGUGUUACAAGCCUGUCGUGACAUGUUAGGGUAGCACUGCAAAUUCCAAUGAACUAGCUAUAAGGUGCACCAAACACUGUGCACAAUUAUUUCAAGUUGAAAAUUACGUAGAUAGAUAGGAACGUCAUAUUCGUCGGCGAAACUAAGCUUACGUCUGAAAGGGAACCAUUUAUCCACUUCAUUAAAUCACUUUCUUUCACUGAA